AUGUCCCGGCUGGACGAGCCAAAGUCGGAUUUCAAAUUGACGUGGGACCGAGUUCUGAUCGCCGUCACGCUCUACUCGAUUGUUCUCGUCACCAUCCUCGGCAAUGUGCUUGUUCUUGUGGCGGUGAAAGUUGACAAACGUCUUCAGACGUUGUUUAACUAUUACCUCGUGAACCUUGCAAUCACAGACGUCGCCGUCGCUGUUACGGCUAUGAGCUUUCAAGCGACGUUUAUUGUUUUUGGUCGUUGGCCUUUUGGCGAAAUACUUUGCGCCAUGUGGAUAUUUUUCGAUUACGGUAUGACGUUCGUGUCCGUGUUCACGCUGAUCCUCAUAUCCGUAGACCGUGUUUGGGCUAUCAAGUGGAGUCUGCACUACCGGAAAUGGCAUACCAAGCGAAAAUGCAUCAUGUCUAUAGUCGCCGUUUGGGUGUUCAUGCUAGUGCUCUGGGUCCCGCCGUGGAUAACCGAUCGGCUUCGUUACAGCAGGCCCAGCGAGUGUUACUGGGAUCCAUCGCUAAACAAGGAGUUCGUUUAUAUCGUGGCCAUAUUUGGCCACCACGGGCCGUUCUGCAUCAUGGUCUCUCUGUACACGUACGUGUUUAUGUUUAUGCGCAAACGGUCGAGGACCGUGGGCGUCGUGGGAAGCGAAAGAAGCGCGACUCCAAGUAUAUUUCCACCAACUAACUCGGCUACGGUAAGUGGAAAGGACGAACAAUUGUCGUCGAGAGUGAGUCUGAACGAUAGAGUCGUUGCCUCCUCAUCCAAGGACGACGAGGCGGCAUCCUUUCCGGAGCCGGAUUUGUCACAGCUCGACGUCUCUAGGCUUCAGGUCCCUACCAGCAGUGGCAAACGUCAUGGCGAUGGCCGACGUAAUAAAAUCAGCGAAGCAUCGACUCGUUCCGCGAUGCGUAUAGCGAGAGAAAAACGCGUGUUCGUCACAGUAAGCUAUAUUGUGAUUGGAUACGCAAUCCUGUGGCUCCCGUUCCACGUUGUUUUUGAUGUAAGCAUAGUUGAUCCGACGCUGGUACCCGUGCCAAUGCUUAACGCGGCUUUCUGGAUGGCGUAUAUUAACUCCACACUCAAUCCAUUCUUUUACAACUUCAGUUGCCCGACUUUUCGGAAAACGUUCAGACAGAUUCUGAUAAGGCGAUGCUGA